GUGAAGCGGCUCAGCAGGGAGCAGACAGUCAUUGACCGGUGUAGCUGCGAGCUUGCGGGGGUCUUUUCGGUUUGUCCCGGCUGGCGCUUAUGGCUGUUUCUAGCUUGAAGAAGAGGCAGUGAGCCAGUAUUUGUUACAGAAUGUUUUUAAGAAAAAGACUAAAACUGUGCCUUUGUAGCAGGAGUAUUAACGCCGCCGCCGGUGCCUUGUGGCUGUAACGUUAGUGAAAGUUAGCUUAUGAGUGGCAUCACGUUAGCUUGACUAGCUAAUGCUAGGCCUUCCGUUUCCUUUUGGUUCUUCAGUACAGGUUAUUGUUUUAUUCUUCCCUUUGUAAAGCGGGGUUUUUGGUAGCUAUUUUGUUUGCAGAUCUUUUGCUUUGCUCCACGUGGUGAGUAAGACGCUGAAAUGAAGGGAGUAACGUUAAACAGCUUUCAGAGGUUCAUGAACAGACGGGCCUCUGCUAACUGCCGCUACCAGCCCACCUGCUAUGAGCAUGCUGCAAACUGCUACACUCAUGCGCUCCUCAUUGUGCCGGCCUUCGUGGGCAUGACGUUGCUGCAUCGUCUGUCAGACAACGGCUGGGAGAAGAUCACUGCCUGGGUGUAUGGCAUGGGCCUGUGUGCCCUCUUCGUGGUCUCCACUGUGUUUCAUAUCAUCACCUGGAAGAAGAGCCACAUGAGGUCCGUGGAACAUUGUUUCCACAUGUGUGACAGAGUUGUCAUCUAUGUCUUCAUUGCUGCCUCCUACACACCUUGGUUGAACCUGCGUGAAUUGGGCCCCCUAGCAGCACACAUGCGCUGGUUUGUGUGGCUCAUGGCUGGUGCUGGAACCAUAUAUGUCUUCAACUAUCAUGAAAAGUAUAAAGUUGUUGAGCUGGCCUUCUACUUGACGAUGGGUUUUGCCCCCGCAAUAGUGAUAACAUCAAUGAGCAACACUGAGGGGCUUCAGGAGCUGGCAUGCGGUGGAUUCAUCUACUGCCUCGGUGUGUUCUUCUUCAAGAGUGAUGGCGUCAUCCCCUUCGCCCACGCCAUCUGGCAUGUCUUCGUGGCGCUGGCUGCGGCUGUGCACUACUACGCCAUCUGGAAAUACCUCUACAAGGCCCCCAGCGCCGAUACCCUCCUCAAGUUGUGACCACAGCCAGGGCCGGAUGCCGGUUCUCCACCCGCACCCUGUGCUCCUGAGCAGGGCCGCCUGCACACAGACUCUCUCAACUGCCCACUGAAGCUGCAAACACAGCCGCAAGGUUUACGAAAAUAAUGACCAUGAAUUGUUUACGGUUUUCUAAAGUGGAGAACAGGUUUUUCAGCAUCAUUAUGACGACCAGAAGCUACUUUCAAAGCUGUUUUGUACAUCUUCAGUCAAGGGGUGGGGGGGUUGACUUUUUACAAUAACCCUGGCACAUCAAUGAGUGUUUGAGACCUUUGAUAGCCGUCUUUUGUAUCGCUUGUGAGUCACAUUCCAUAUUGGGGUCAUUUGUGUGUCAGAACCUGGCGAUUCAUGCUGGUGAUGUGAACACUGGGGAUUGAAUGAGGUUCUUAAAAUCAGUAUGAUGGGAAAUUUCGUGAAACCAUUUCAGCACCAAAAACCAAAAUUAUACGUUUUUUGAUACAGAAUUAUAAACAUGUUUCUCUACAAAAGUACUUUUUAAAAGAAACCAAAUAUCUCACAAGCAGCUGUAUUAGAGGUUUGCCAGAGUAAAAUAGUUUUAAAAUUGGCAAAAUUAGAUUUAAAUCAUGAAUCCUGUCAAAGAAUAAGUACUGUAGAGAAUGAAUAUGAAUAGCUAUUUGAUGCCAACUUUUGAUACUCUGUACCACAACGUAUUGAGGUUUCGAUACCUCUACCCCGUGUAGCUUAAUAGUGAUUUGAAGUGUUCAGAUCAGUGCUCUGUUGGUGGACUUUUCGAUCAGGUAGGAUGAAACGAUAAGAAAAAGCUUUUGACAGAAGUUUGUUUCCCCGUUUUCUUUAUUCUACUUUUACAACGAUUACAUCCUCAACCCAUCUGAUCCAAAUUCUCACUCUUUCCUACCCCCCCCAAUGCAUGCUAUGUUUCUGACCAGUAUUUGAAUGCAGUCAUAGGAGAACCUUUCUCUUCUGUAAGUAUUUAGCGCCCUCUGCAGGUGGACUGGUGUAAGAAAGGGAAUUAUCUGCAGUUUAUGGUGUGUGGAGGUGUAACAGGGGAGGAGGGAAUUUGUAAAUGAGCCAAAUGAUGAGAGAAAAUCAGUACAGGCAGUAUGAUGAGAUAGAAUUUUUUCCACUUUAUUAUUAAUGUGAACAAUGUGCAGUAGAGUGUGGAUGCACGACCUUUGUACUGUAGUCCAGUAUUACAUUUCCACUGA